CAUGUCGACAGAUGGAAUUCGGUGUGCAAGCAAUCUUCGGUCCGUCGGAUCCCAUCCUCGGGGCGCACAUUCAGAGCAUUUGCGAAGCGCUGGACGUCCCCCACGUGGAGGCUCGCGUCGACUUCGAACCUGUCUCAAAGCAGUUUUCCAUUAACCUGCAUCCGAGCCAGGAGUACAUGAAUAGGGCGUUCAAAGAUUUGAUGACGUUCCUGAAUUGGACCAAAGUCGCGAUAAUUUACGAGGAAGACUACGUCCCGCUGGUAGGGGGAAAAGGACUGUUCAAGCUGCAGGAAUUGGUGAAAUCUCCGGCUUCGGCGAGGACGGAAAUGUACAUAAGACAGGCGGGACCAACAACUUACAGACAAGUUUUGAGAGAAGUUCGUCAGAAGGAAAUCUACAAGUUAAUCGUGGACACCAAUCCGAGAAACAUACAGCAAUUCUUCAGAGCUAUCCUACAGUUGCAGAUGAACGACUACAGAUACCACUACAUGUUCACAACGUUUGAUUUGGAAACGUUUGAUCUGGAGGACUUCAAAUACAACUCGGUGAACAUUACGGCCUUUCGCGUCGUCGACAUAGAGAGUCCCAAAGUGAAGGAAGCUUUAGACGUCAUGGAAAAAUUUCAGCCGAUCGGACACCAAAUCCUUAACAAGAGCGGAGUUAUACAGGCAGAGCCGGCUUUAAUGUUUGAUUCGGUUUACGUGUUCGCAAAAGGAUUGGCCGCAAUGGAAUCGGGACUCUCCAUCAGACCGGUCAAUUUGUCCUGCGAUCUCGAGAGACCCUGGGACGACGGACUCACGUUAUACAAUUACUUAAAUACAGUG